AUGAGACUCAUCUUUCAAGCAUGUUCAAUGAUUUUCACGCUGGGCAACCUGGUAGCUUCUCAGUCACAGUCUCCUGGUUGGAAAGAUGCCAUCAGCACCUCAAUAAUAAAUUUCAAUAAUGAGAAGAUGCAGAUCACAUGGACAGCAAGAAAACUAUUUCUCAACAAGAAUGUGUCAUUUUCUUAUACAUUUGAUGAAGGCAAGAACAAAGUUUGGAAGCCAUGUCCCACCUAUUUAUUGGAUCAAGAUUAUAAUUCUGGAUGUCUUUUUAAGACAGAAGGACCUACUCUUGCCAUCUCUAUCAGGAACAGCGAUGGUAGCAAAGAGCUUUUUUCUAAAACACUAAAAUCUGAUUUCUAUAUAAAGCCCAAUCCCCCAGAAAAUGUGACCUUCUUCUGGAAAGGGGACACCGUUACUGUAAGCUGUAAUAAACCAGAGAGAGCUGUGAAAUGCUUGAGACUUGAGCUUCAAUACAAAAGCAAGUUUGACAAAGACUGGCAAUCCAGAACUUCUAAGUGUUGCAGUGUUGGAGAGCAAGGCUUUGAUCCGAGGAAAUGUUAUUCUUUCCGGGUCAGACUGAAGAGGCUAGCACCCUACUGCAACGUAGUUAAUUACGACAGUGACUGGAAAGCAGAAACAUUUUGGAUGAAUGGCACAUUAUUAGAGUCAUGUGAUGAUAUAAAAUCUCAGUCAAACACAGUAAUAGUUUUAAGUUGUUUGCUGGCAGUACUUCUAAUGAUGCUUGUCCUCUUGAUUCUUCUGUGUAAAUGGCAGAGGCUUCAGAAGGCAGUCAUGCCUGCUAUACCAGAUCCAAAAUACAUAUUUGCUGAUCUCUUCAAUGAUCAUAACGGAAACUUUCAGGAAUGGAUAGACAAAACUGAUCAUGCAAUGGUAGAAACCAAGGUGGAAUAUGAAGAGCCAGAGUGCAUCAUUGAGGCAGAAAGCCAACAAGAUGAGAAGAACAGUGACAAACAGGGGCCUCAAGAAAAAAGCUUCAGUUUUUCAAAAGCAGCUGAAAAUAAUGACCCCAAAGCAGCUCAGAUUGCCUGCCUGAUGCCAACAUCCAACACUAUAGCUUCUUUUGCCGGCUUCCAGAUUUUAAUGAAUGAUGACAUGUAUGUAAUGUUAUAA